AUGGCCCUAAAAAAUUGGUUGUGGUUCGGGAAUGUGCUAUUUGCAUCGUUCCCCUUAGCAAUAUUGGGAAUCGAUUUAAGCAGGCUCUACGGUCACCUACCAGCUGUUUCUAAGCGCAGUGAAGCUUGUCACCCCUACGAACCAUUUAAAUGUCCCGGCGACGGUAACUGUAUUUCUAUACAAUACCUCUGCGAUGGUGCACCAGACUGUUCGGACGGGUACGACGAGGAUAUGCGUCUUUGUACAGCAGCUAAGCGUCCACCAGUAGAAGAAACGGCAUCAUUCCUCCAGAGCCUGCUGGCCUCGCACGGUCCUAACUAUUUGGAAAAACUUUUCGGUAGCAAAGCCCGUGACGCAUUAGCUCCACUCGGUGGGGUAGAAAAGGUGGCCAUUGCUCUCAGUGAAUCGCAAACCAUCGAAGAUUUUGGAGCGGCAUUACAUUUGAUGAGGUCAGACCUCGAGCACUUGCGGUCUGUUUUCAUGGCAGUGGAAAACGGAGAUCUCGGAAUGCUAAAAUCCAUUGGUAUCAAAGACUCAGAGCUGGGCGACGUGAAGUUUUUCCUAGAAAAACUAGUCAAUACUGGCUUCCUAGACUGAGUAUCGUCCGAGCUGCCGUAUAGCAGUAGCUUUUAUUAUUUUGUACCAUUAACACCGCAGAUUUAUUCCUAUCUAGGAUCUCCGGAAAACGGUUUCACCUACUAAAGCUACUUUGCACAUAACUAUGUGUUUAAAUUGGUACUAUUAAACAUGAACUGGACAAUCGCUCAUUACGCUUCUGUUGAUGUUACCAAAUUUGUGCAACGUAGAGCCUGUGGUAACGAUUCAAAUCCAACAAACGGCCAUUCCAACAUAAACACGACUGAUUGUGCUUGCUGAUUGAUCCCCAACUCUGAUCAGAGGGGUCGUAUGACACCAUUCUUGUACAAACAGCAGUAGCAUCAGUCGAAAAAUCCUGACACAAAUCAUGGUACGUAUGAUCAAUCGUAACCUAAGCCUCUACUUGUAACGCUCGCUUCAAUGAAGCAGCAGGAUGUCAUACACUAGAUUAAAUGCACCUGAAAAGCACGACAGAGCGUUUUGGAGCAAAAAAAUGUCAAAGCAACUGGUUGUUAUAUUAGAGGCGAAUGCACAAAAAAGAGCAUUUCAAGCCAAUCAAAUCAAUUCACGUCCAUUAGGUUUGUUAAGAUACAAAUAUUUAUUUUUCAUCUUCUAUUAUCCAGAGUUAUGUUAAUAGCGCAUCUCGAGGUACUCGAAUGUGUCGAGCGUGUCAUAAAGUGACAAAAAAUGGUAGGAAAUAAAUAAACGAAGACGAAGUGCAACCCAUCGGAGAAAGGGAAUCAGAACAGAUCCAUAAAAAAACAUAUCAUUAUAUUUAUAGAGCCUGUGCAUGCUUAUAUAUUAUAUAUUAUACACUUAUACACAAAUCAAGACGAAACACACGAGAGGUUAUUUGUAUCAGUGUGCUAGUUUCCUUAUCACAAGAGAAUCUUACGAAAAAUGCACAAUGAAAUCAAACAUAUCAACCAUAUGAAAGAUGAUAACGACGCAGUGAUGUACCUUAUAUGUCGUGCAAUACGCUAACGAUAAAUCGGUGGUAGAUUAAAGCUCUUCGAAUCGUGUCACAUAUUAUGCGGCCGAUGAGAGAUGUAUACAGCCCCGAGAAAAGCAGGGAAACAUGUUAUAAAAAAACAAUACACUAGAGGGCAGUGUUGGCCGUGCGGAAGACAAUUUCAAAGCAAACCUAACUUUAGAGCUAAUCCGAUGACUUGAAUAUUUAUAUGAAAUCAUAACAUCAUAACAACGAUCACUUCCGAGCUGUUGUAGAGAACUGAUUUUUUGAGAAAUUGUACUCUCUAAUGUAAAUGAAUUUUACACUUAAUCUGUCUGUACACAAUCACGCAUCCGACCAUACUAGCUCACAGAGAUUCACAUGGCAAUACACGUAAUUAAACGCUUCACGGCCAAAAUGCCAAGGCAAUCAAUCCGUCAUGAAUCAGGAAGAACUGUGACGACGUAUUCAAAAAUGUAAUAACCAUUGAUUGUAUCCAGGAGAAUGACACCCUUACACAUCUUACUAUCCUGCUUAUGAUGAUGAGAUCGAUGAGAUGUUCAGAAAAGGAAGAGCUGAAAUAUAUAUAUAUACCGGUAUCUUGUGUCA